AAAUUCAAAUGUAAAUACUGCAGUAGCAUCCUUUUAAGUUGAGCCAAUGGAAGUUGGAUUUGUGUUUGUAUUCUUCAAGAUGUUUCACCUUCUUGAGUUUGGACUUAACCGUAUGAAGUUUUGACCUUCUAGUCUGUUGUCGGCCAUUCUGCAGAGAUUGAACCCAGCAGUCACAAUGGCAGACAGCGGGAAAGCUAAUGAGGCUGGAGCCGCAGCAACUGAACCAGCUAAUGGAGAGCAGCAGAAUGUUGUUACGAGAGUGAGCCACUUGCCCCUGGUCAGUUCGGCCUGCGAGGCCGUUUCCAGCGCCUACAGUAGCACCAAAGACAAUGUGCCCCUACUGAAGGGGGUGAUGGAUGUUGCAGAGAGUGGGGUCCGAACACUGGGAGCAGCUGCCAGCACGGGGUCCAAACCUGUUUUGGACAUGAUCGAACCACAGCUUGCCACAGUGAAUGAGUAUGCCAUAAAAGGACUCAAUAAGAUGGAAGAGAAGCUGCCAAUUCUUCACCAACCAGCUGACAAGGUGGUGUCAGACACUGUAGGUAUGGUGUACCAGUCAGUGGCAGGGGCCAAAGAUGCGGUGCUGGGCGCUGUGAUGAGUGGUGUAGAGCUGACCCGGGUGGCAGUCAGCGGAGGCAUCAACUCCGUCAUGGGCACCAGAAUGGGCCAGAUGGUCAGCACUGGGAUGGGCCUGGCCCUCAGCCGAUCUGAGGACUGGGUUGAUCAGAACCUGCCACUUACUGAGAGGGAGCUGGCUGCUGUGGCUGAGCCUGCCAACUUGGAGGUGUCAACCACUUCGGCCAACCCCAGCUACUUUGUUCGUCUGGGGAAACUCUCUGCCAAGGUGCAGGAGCGAGCUCUGGAGCAAUCUCUGGUCCGUGCACGAAAGGCCAGGGAUGCCAGCUACGCCGCGGUGGCUCAGAUUACCAGCACCCUGGACCUGGUGGAGAGCACCCGUGCCAGUCUGGGCACAGCAGGUAACCAGAUAGCGGGAGCAUCGGAACAGCUGCUGCAGCGCUGGACUGAGUGGAGGCAGAAACGAGAGGGAGAGGGACUGACCGAGUCUGAACCAGAUGGCUCCAAACAUGAAUCUCAGCAGCUGGAAACUCGGGCUCUCUCCAUGGUGCGAGGGCUGAGUGACCAACUGAGGGCGUCGUGCUCAAGCGUGGUUUCCAGCGCUCAGGGUCUGCCAGGGACGGUCCAGGAACAGUUGACCAGUGCGCAGGUAGCCGCCAAAGAACUGCAGUCCUCUCUCGGAAAUGCCAGCGCCCUCACUCCUGUCCUGCUACAGCAAAGUCGCCACCAUCUAAAACAGGUUCAGCAUUCACUGGAUGGUGUCAUGGAGUAUUUACUACACAACACGCCACUCAACUGGCUGGUGGGACCUUUUGUUGCUCAGAAGACUGAGAGUGAAGAGGGACAAGUGCCAAUGGAGCAGGCUAGCCCAAACAAAUAGAGCUUAAGUUUUUCUGUGCUAACAUUUUUGUUUCUUUUCACCAGAGGUUUCCAGUACUUGGAAAGGUUUUUUAAACUAAUGUCCUCAUUAAAAUACUCCGUAAUGUUCAUUUGAUCACAACUUUAUCUUGAUGCUUUUAAAUGGAACUUAGAAAAAACUGACGUUACAUUUAUCAUACAGCUUUUAAUACAGUUAACACUGAAAGAUGGUUUUUCUUAUCAUACAUUUGCACUUUUUUUCUAUCAAGUAUUAAUUUGUCCCUAUUAAGACGGGAAUUUUGUUAACAUUCUAUUCAUUCCAACAGAACCAGGAGCAAGAUAGAAGAGAUGUUGAAAGCACAUUUCAUUUGUUUGAGAGUUUAUAACAUUCAUGAAUGUUUCAUGUAAAUGAGCCGUCACUGAAUUAAUCAUUAAAUUUUAAACGGCU